CCUUCGCUGCCAUUUAAAUGCUGCGCUCCGAGGUUUCAGCGUGAUCCCGUCGCUCUCCACGCCGCAAACCGAGGCUGUGUGCAUCAGUAUGUAGCGUCGUGCCUGAGCGUGCAAAGAGGAAAAACGGUAAAGAAUAAAAAGAGAGAGCGCGAGAGAGAGGGGGGCAGGUGUAUGUGUUUUUAAAUGGGAAACCUGGUGGGCAGCUGGCGUUUCAAGGAGCCGAGCACCGUGGAGGAAUGCGACUCGACGUGGGGAUCGGACUCCGAAAGCGACGAGCCGGUGGCUGAGGAUGACAGCGGAAUCUCCGACUCCGUCAGCCCGGCGGAGAGCGAGCGGGCCCCGGGACACUCCGGAGACACGUCCCCGCAGCUGUCUGACUCCCCGGAGUCUGCUCCGAAGAUGAAGAGGAGUUUCUACGCCGCCAGGGACCUCUACAAAUACCGUCACAGCUACCCGAACUUUAAGAAGUCCCGGCAGCCCAACGAGUACCGUAACCUGCGGUUCUACCUGAACAAGAUCCCUCUGGUACCUGAUGGUAUCUACAUCGAGGAGAUACUCUCUAAGUGGAGAGGCGACUAUGACAAACUGGAGCACAAUCACACCUACAUUCAGUGGCUGUUCCCAUUGAGAGAACAAGGGCUCAACUUCUACGCACAUGAACUGACUCAGGAUGAGAUCAAAGAAUUCCAAAGUACCCGGGAAGCCAAGCGGAGGUUUCUGGCGGCCUACUCCCUGAUGUUGGACUUCUAUGGAAUCAAACUGCUGGAUAAGAGCGGUAACGUUGCUCGGGCUUCCAACUGGCAGGAGCGCUUCCAGCACCUUAAUGAAUCCCACCACAACUACCUGCGGAUCACUCGCAUCCUGAAGUCCCUGGGCGAGCUCGGCUACGAGGCCUUCAAGGCGCCGCUUGUUCGCCUCUUCCUGGAGGAAUCACUGUGUCACAACACCCUCCCGAACAUGCAGCACAGCGUCCUGGAGUACUACGUGUACACCAUCCGCCUGCCGGCAACCCGGCGACGGCUGCUCCGCUACGCCCGCAAGCACUACAGGCCCGCACACGCCUUCCUCUGGGGUCCGCCACUCAAGAGGCGAGGCGGGGGAGUCGGCCCCGAGGGUGGUGUCGGCGCCGGGAGCAGCGGGAUCAGAGCACCUGCUCCUACACCGGAGCAACAGAGGAGGGGGGAGGACAGCCCCAGCUCCCCGUCUGCAAGUAGCAGGAUUAUUGUGUCUUCCCACAAUGCCAUGAUGUGCCAGGACCUGGCUGGAGGAGGGCACAAAGGCUACGCAGGACUCGGCUCCAGCAUGGUCGGACUGGAGGGAACCAUUUUGAUGGCAGGAGCUCAAAGAGACAGGAAUGAGUACAAUGAGAUUGUUCCCUUGUAGAGGUCGUGGUUUGGAAAGCAGACAACGUGUUUUUAAAUUAACCAAUUCUGUAGUAAACUUCUGGCUAGUUUACAAGCUAUGCUAGUUAGCUUUUCUGAAAGGGCCCUGAAACCCAGGUCGUAGAUGUUCGGACUGUUAGAAACCACAUGAGUAGAUUCCGUUCAGGUAAAGGGCUUAAUGUAUAUCUUGGCUAAUCUGUUUAAAUAUUUUAGAAAUUAUAAAAUAUAGUCGGGGGCUGGGGUUAAACUUAAAAGAGAAAGAGCCUUGGACCAAAUCCCAAAACCAUCCAUACCAGUAGACACCUAAAUUUGUAUUGUUUUUUUCCUCAUCAGGUCUAUGGCCACAAAACAGCUCAAACUAAAAUAAUAUUGCCUUAUUUCAUGUUUUGGUCCAGAACUGAGCGUUUUAGAACCAAAGGUGUCCGCUGAUCAGUACGUUGUGUUAGGAUGGUUUUGGGAAUCAAAGUCCUGCUUAAACGCUCUCUUUGUACAGGUGCUGUAAAGACAUUAUGAUUAAUGUGAAGACAUCAGGAGGAACUGGUUUUCCUUUUUUCAAUAAUUUGCGAAAAGACUGGAUUUUUUUUCCAAUACACUGACGCCAGAUUUUCCGAGAGUGACUUGAAAUCUCCUUGUUUUGUUGUUGAUAGCCGGCACAAUGCAACUCUGCAAUUUUACUCUUUAUACAAGGUAAAUGUAGCCACUUCCUCUGAGAACUGUACAGAAAUAUAGAGCAAAAAAUAUUAACAGUAAUAAAUGUUUUUAGUAUUUGAUAUGUUUAAGAAACAGUUAAGAAUAGAAAUCUUUUGGUAACAUGACGACAACUGGCAACACAGAGGCUCUAUGGACAAAUGGUUGUGUGAAAAUAAAUAUGAAGAGUUAGGCACAGAAGCAUAUGAACAUAUGAAAGAGUGCAAGAGGUAUUUAUUUUAGUGGUGAGUCUUCAAAGAAACUUUGGUUUAAGCCUAAAAUUGAAAAUGCAGCAGCUAAUAAAUAAACUAAAAUACGGACUUGCUAUAAGUUAACCUCCUGAGACCCUGCGUCCUCAUAUGGGGACAUUAGUUUUAGGUUUGUGGCAGCUUCUCAUUCUGCUUCAUUUAGACUUUUAUUCUCAUAACUAGCUACUAGUUGGUAUAAAAACAUGAUAGCGUUAAUUUCAGUGCAUUCGUUCUGUGGCCGAUCAUGUAACAAAAGGUACAAAACCUCAUCAAAUUUUACAGUUGAAACUUGUUUAUUUAGGUUUAUUAACUUUUCUACUUUAAUAUGACAUGCAAACAUAAUAAAUUCUUUCAAUGGUAAAGAGCUAUAACUUCACAAAUUAGCAAGCACUCGAUUGAGGACAUUGGGACUUGAUUGAUUUCAAUUCUGCUUUUGAACAGCAAUGUUCAGACAUGAAAAUUAACAGUUUUGUGUUUUGUUACAUAUUGGUAACUUGGUAAGAUUGGUAACUAUUAUAAUAUUGAGUGAAACAGGACAUUUUUUUUUUUCUAAAAACUACUUCCUGUUUAAAGACGAUGCUUAGUUUUUAUAGUUCUUAGUCCUGCUAAUCCCCAAUAAAGAGAAACAAAAGCUCAGGUCUCAGGAGGUUAAUACACUCAUGUUUCAUUAAAUAAAUGUAUUAUGUAAUUUAAAGUUGGUUUAAUUGAAUAAAAACAACACAGUCAACAGUCCGUACUUCACAAAUUUACAGUCAACACACUCAAGUCAGUAGCUUACAGAGUUGGCUAAGCUAUGACAGUUAGCUCUAGUUUCUCUGGUGUUACUUUUUUUUCCAAUUAUGAUGAUCCAGUUGCUGUUGUUUUGUGAUACGACAAACUCAAUUACUCAGGUGUUGAAGCAACAAAACUGAUUUACAGGAGAGGAACAUCAGUUUUAGAUGAGGCCAUUUAGGCAGCUAGCUAGCUAACCGGUUAGAGUGAAGCACAGUGUCAGUCGUGAUCAUGUAUGCCGUUAAUAUUUUUUUUUCUAAACUUUUGUAUAGAUAACAAGCAGUAAGGUUAGUGCUAGUUUCUUCUCAUUAAAUUAGCACAAAUAAAGCUUUUUCAGCUAGCUGCUCGUUAGCCGGAUCAUGUUAGCAAAACACUAUUGUGUACCACUGUAACGUGAAAGAAAAAGUAAAUAAUGAAUAAAUAAGAAAACAAAAUACUUUGCUGUAAUUUAAGCUACAUUUUCUAUUGUUAGAAAAGACUUUAGCUAGCCACUGUACUCAGAAUCUUUAUUAUCUUUAUUGUCAAUUUCCCUAUAUGUUUUAGCAUACAGAAAAAAAAACUAUUUCUCUCUCUCACGCAUAAAAUAUACAGAAUAAAAAUCUAAAUGAACAAAAUGUAAAGGAAUAAAACCCAGACACAAAAUAAACAUUUCUCUGGAUUGAGAGAAAAAUUAAUAAAAUCAGCCUGUUUACAACAAUGCAGUGUACGACUGGAGCUCGGGUUUUACAGCAAUAAGGUGCAGACACCUGUCACAAGUGCUGCCAGAUGGGAAAUGACAAAUUAUCGUACCGGAAGCUUAAAAUAAUCGUAUUGUGAGGAAAAAAUAUCGUACAUUCUCGAUUUGACCAUUUAAUGCUACAGUAAAACAUUACCACAGACCAUAUAGCAUGGCUUAUAAUGCAGUUUUACUUAUACUUAUAUACUUAUAAAUAAACUAACAGCACUGUUUGUGUUUACCAAUUGCCAUGUGUUGAAGGGUUCAAAUUAUUGUACAUUAUGGGAUCAUAUAGAGGGUGAUAUUAUCGUACAGAUACGAUAAUUAUGUGAUGGGUGGAUUAUAGUCUGUGAGCGGAGGCAGUCUAUUGGAAGCUCCAGUAACUUUCCUUAUAGCCUAAUAUUUAGCUACUUAGCAACACAAAUGUGACAAACGUAACUUUUUUGACAGAACCGUUAAAGUUUUUCUCAAUUAGCCAGUGGAAAACAAGGUUGACGUAUUAUCAGCUGCUAUGACAAACUGUAAAAAGCUUCCAUUAGCUUGGUUGCCACAUAUGUUGUGUCACCUAAAGGUCUUCUAUACUUAACUGAAAAAUGUGACUGGAUGUGGAUUGUGAUUGAUGUGUGUGUGUGUGUGUUGCACUUUUUGGACAAUCUGUGUCUUCCUUUUUAAAAAGAGCUGUAGGUUUUCUCCAAAUUGUUGAACACGAACGCUCUCACAUUGUUUAAACUUGCAAUAAUUUGACUGUAAAAGUGAACAACCACUUCAGCCAUAGUUCCGCCUGCGGACCUGACAGUUAAAAAAACAACAGAACAACGACAAAAAAAAAAAAAAACUUGCAGGGCUACGUUAGUACAAUGGCAGCUGCUGAUAUUUUAUCGGAUGUUACGUAUGAUGUGUAAAUGCAAAUGAGCAAAUGUGUUCAUUUGCUUGCCAAGUUAUUCUGCACAAAAGUAUUUCACCAGAAAGGCACAGGAGUAAAGUAGACUGUAGAGCCCCAAACUAAUUAAACUUUCUACUCUUCUACAUCUGGGAUGUUGUUAAAGCCUUAUUAUGCAACGAUUGGUGUUUUUUUUCUUUUUUCUUUUUUUUUUUUUAACAACUGUAACACGAUUGUUGUCAGAUGUGAAUCUAGGGGCAAAACCUCAUUGCAAUGAGCCGAAACGUUGCUAUGCUAAUGCCGCUUAACAUUAAGCAGCUGCAACAACAGAAGAAAAGGAAAGAAACUAAUAUAAUAUAUUAGUCAAACAGCAGUUUGUCUUGCAGUCUUGUAUUUUUCUUUAGUUUGAUUAAAAGUUACAUAAUGCAAAGGCAGGUGUAAGGUUUAAGUAAGAUGCUAUUUCAUGUGUAGCAUAAUUUUUUUUAUUGGGUGUUAUUUUAAGAUAGAAUAGUUGCAUUAAUCUUGGUUGAUAUAAAAGAUCACGCCAUGACCCUCAGGUUAUGUUUAAUCGCCAUUAUUGUUAGACAUCCCAUCAGCCAGGUGUUAGUCUGUACAAACAAGUCACGGCAACUUAACUUACAAACAGUCCUAAGUGUACUCCUGGUUGCAGUGAAUAGAAAUCUGUGAAACUAAAAGCCAUGUGAGGGGUAAUACAGAUUGGGUCUAAACCCUUCUUCCUCCAUUCUUCCUGUAAGUUGGAUGCAGCCUUGUUUAUAAUACGAGGCUUCGAUAUUUGCUCUUCCGCCAAGUAUAUCUGAAAUAAUUGUAAAGAUAACUUUUCAGGUGAAUCAUACGAUAACAUGGGCUCAAGUAUUAGAAUUUUUAGUAUAUGUGCAUAUGUGUGAGUGUGAUAUUCUUAAGUGCCUCUUUUAUAAUUUUUAAUUUUUAUCUGUAGGCUGUGAGGAGUGUCUUGCCCAACUCAUUUCUUGUACUUCCUAUACUUCCUUUUUUUUUUUUGUACAGCAUUUUGAUAUAUUACUGUUUGCUUUAUAGUGUGAGUGUUAAUGUACAGUCACAGCAGGAAUACUUACCAUAUGAACUGCUAUAGGGGGGAUAGUAUACAGUAUACAGUCGUGUUUAAGAUUAUUUGUAUCCAGCUUAUUAAUUAAAAUGUAAUAGUUCCAUAUCAGAAUGCUCAAGAUGCUUUGCUGGACACGCUCGAGGUUUUUCUUUCUUUCUCCAGCGUAUACAGGUCACAGUAACUGGACAUUUACCCUAAAAUGUGAACUUGGCCGCACUGAACUCCAAUAAAAACGGGAACAUGGA